GGCCUAAAAAUGGCAUCUGCCUCCACUCCCUUUUUCUUCCUCCUUCUGCUCCCAGGACUUUCAUCCCAGCUCCAGCUCCAGGAAUCUGGGCCCGGAGUGGUGAGACCCGGCGGGACCCUCGAGCUGACCUGUACAGUCACUGGCAGCUCAGUCACAAGCAGCUACUGGUGGAGUUGGGUUCGCCAGACUCCUGGGAAAGGACUGGACUGGAUGGGGGGCUGGGCUGGGAAUACAUACUAUGCUCCAGCUUUCAGUGGCCGAAUCACCAUCUCGGUGGAUCCUUCGCAAACCAAGUACUUCCUGAGGCUGACCUCGGUGACGGCUGCAGAUUCUGCCAUGUAUUACUGUGCAAGCGACACAGAACGCUCCCAUCACUAUUUUGAAUUCGGCGGGACCCUCGAGCUGACCUGUACAGUCACUGGAGCCUCAGUCACAAGCAGCUACUAUUGGAACUGGGUCCGCCAGGCUCCUGGGAAAGGGCUCGUCUGGAUGGGGUACUGGACUGGUUGGACAAGCUAUGCUCCAGCUUUCAGAGACCGAAUCACCAUCUCGGUGGAUCCUUCGCAAACCAAGUACUUCCUGAGGCUGACCUCGGUGACGGCUGCAGAUUCUGCCAUGUAUUACUGUGCAAGCGACACAGACUUUCAUCCCAGCUCCAGCUCCAGGAAUCUGGGCCAGGGGUGGCGAGACCCUCGAGCUGACCUGUACCGUCACUGGAGCCUCAGUUACAAGCAGCUAUUGGUGGAACUGGGUCCGCCAGGCUCCCGGGAAAGGGCUGGACUUUCAUCCCAGCUCCAGCUCCAGGAAUCUGGGUCAGAAGUGGUGAGACCCGGAGGGACCGUCGAGCUGACCUGUACAGUCACCGGUGGCUCAAUCACAAGCAGCUACAAUUGGCACUGGGUUCACCAGAAUCCUGGGAAAGGGCUGGUCUGGAUGGGGCUUUGGACCGGUGGGAGAGUAUAUUCUGCUCCAGCUUUCAGUGGCCGAAUCACCAUCUCUGUGAAUCCUUCGCAAGCCAAGUACUUCCUGCGGCUGACCUCGGUGACGGCUGCAGAUUCUGCCAUGUAUUACUGUGCAAGACAACCCACAGUGGGUUAA